AUGGCUAACAUCAGAGCAGUGGUCCAGUUGAUGGAGGAUGAUGUGGAGUUAUUGGGGUAUGCUAGAGACCUCAUGGAGUUGGAGGAAGAAGAGGAGAUGCAGAGGCGCCCCAAGUGUUGCCAGACGAGACCCUGGCUGCUCCGUAGACCCAUGUACGGCCACUACGAAGCCCUGAUGUACGAGCUGGAGUUAGAAGACCCCCAAGCCUUCCAAGAGUUCACCAGGAUGGAUGUGGAAACCUUCCAUGAUCUACAGACCAGGGUUGAGCCGCUGCUCACCAAGACCUCCACCCGACUUCGUCAACCCAUCUGUCCGGGAUUGAAGCUCGCCCUGACAUUGAGGUACCUGGCCACCGGAGAGUUCUACCGUUCUCUGAGGUUCAAUUUUCGUGUUGCACACAACACCAUGUCAGGAAUCUCAGGCAUAGUAGCCUCUGUGUGCCAGGCUAUCUUGGAUGUCCUGGAAGCCGAGGUUAUAAAGACCCCUACAGAACCAGAAGAGUGGAAGAAGUUGGCUACCAUGUUCCAGGGAAGAUGGCAAUUCCCACAUGCCUUGGGUGCUAUUGAUGGCAAGCAUGUUGCUCUCAAGAAGCCCGCCAAAUCUGGUACCACCUACUUCAACUACAAGGGUUUCUGCUCAAUUGUCCUGAUGGCCCUGGUUGAUGCGGACUACAAGUUCCGGUGGGUUCAGGUUGGAGACUUUGGGUCGAAUUCCGAUGGUCAGAUCUGGAACAAUUCACCACUGAGAGCAUCCAUCGAUGACGGUGUCAUUGGCAUCCCAGACCCCGAGCCUCUACCUGGGGAUGAUGUUGACGUGCCCUACUACAUAGUUGGAGACGACGCAUUUGCUGUCCGCACCUAUCUCAUGAAGCCCUUCGGCAGACGUGGACUCCAGCAUGACGAGUUGAUCUUCAACUACCGGUUGUCUCGGGCACGCAGAGUGGUUGAGAACGCCUUUGGCAUCAUGGCCAACCGCUUCCGGUGUAUGCUGACCACCAUGCAGCUGCAGCCAGAGAAUAUCAAGUUGGUGGUCAGGACAUGUGUUGUCCUGCACAACUUCCUGAUAGACAGGAACCCUGCUAGGGAUGCCCAGGUCAUUGACCGAGAAGAUGCCAACCACAACCUGGUGCCGGGUUCCUGGCGGCAGGAUGCGCAGAUGCACGAUAUGAAUGAGCCUCAAUGGGGUAACCGGGACACCGUGGCAGGGAAGAGACAGCGCCUGUACUUGAAGCACUAUCUGACGUCCGGUGCUGGUGCUGUUCACUGGCAAGAGGAGAGACUCCACCAGUACUGA